AUGCCCAUCCGCUUCAAGGAGAUUCCUUCCAUCUGGAAUCAUACACGAAUCAAUCUAACAGCUUCAAACCAGUUUUUUUUUUUUGUUUCUUUCCUUCCUAAUAUAAAUAUUAAAUUAUUCCCAGAAAGCGAAAAUUAUUUUGAGAGGUACGUAUUUCCCCCUUUCUGUUAUUUUCUAUUUGAUUUCUUUUUUCCUUUUUUAUUUACUUAUUAUUUUCAUUUCUUCUUCUUUUCUUUCUUCCUUCUCCCUUCCUCCCUUCCUUUCUCUAUUCCUCCCUUCUUUCUUCAUUUCUUUCCUUCCUUAGACUUUUCUUUCUUUCCUCUUUUGCUGCCUCUUCCUUUCUUUCUUACUUGUUUCUUUUUUCCUUUCUUUUUUCACGCUUCUUAUCCUUCCUUGCACCUUUUCAUUUCUUCAUUCCUUCCUUUUUUCUUCAUCUCUCCUUCCCUCCUUUUUUCUUUCCUUCCUCUGCCUUUCUUCUUAUUUUAUUUUCUUCUUUCCUCUCUUGCUUCCUCUUUUUCCUUUCUUUCUUUCUUCACCGUUCUUAUCCUUCCUUCAUUUUUUUACUUUCUUCAUUUCUUCCUUAUUACUUUUUCCUUCUUUCCUUCCUCUUUUCCUCUUCUCCUUCCUUCCUUCCUUCCUUCCUUCCUUCCUUCCUUCCUUCUCUCCUUCCUUCCUUCAUUCCUUCCUUCAUUCCAUCCUUCCUUCUCUCCUUCCUUCCAAUUUUAA